CGAGGCUUGUUGUGCGCAUGUGUAACUUCGGUCUCCAGGUGUUUUCCGCGGGUUUCCCCGCCCGGCGGAGGAAGUCCUGGAGCGAUCCGGGGGCCUUGGCGCUGCGCGAGUAGGGGCGCCUAGGUUCCAGCUCCCUUGGAAGAAAGCAGCUUUUAUGAAGUAAGAAGGAGGAAGCCCCAAGAACAGGAAUCUCACCUUGAAGGUCACUCCUCGGACCUCAGACUUCUCAACCACAGCUUUAGAGCAGAGGCAGGAUACUGCUAGAAAGGAGCAGGUGCUGGGUUUGCAUAGCCUGCAGUAGCAGUUCUUUAUUGUGCUUAGAAUGAGCAUUGCCUCACUGUCACCGCAUCCAGAGGGCCUCACCAUGAUGAAAGGUCUGGACCAAGCUUCAGGAAAUAUAGCUGUAUAUUCAGCCUUCUCUGUACUUUCCCAAAAGGAACAGAAAAAGAACAAAUCCCAGGGAUCAAUUUCAUUUGAGGAUGUGACUGUGAACUUUACCCAGGAGGAGUGGGGUCAACUGGACCCUGAUCAGAGGACCUUGUACAGGGAUGUGAUGUUGGAGAACUAUAGCAUCUUCAUCUCACUGGAAGAAUUGAAAGUUGAUGGCAUAAUAGAGAGCAAAGAAAACCAAGACAGACAUUAUGGCAAGAUGAUUACAGAGAAAGAGAAUGUAUUAAGGAAAACGUUUAAUCUGUACAUAGACUCUAUUCCUUCCAGAAAAAUGUCCAGUAAAUAUAAUCUAGAUCGAGUCAGUUUAGAAGAUAUGUCGGAGUUAACCACUAAUAAUAAAAACUACUCAGGAAAGAAAUCCGAUGAUGCCAAUGGGUACAAGAAAUUACUUCCUGAUAUUAAUCAUGAGAAAACUCAUACUAGAGAGAAGUUUAAUGAAUUUAAUAAAAAUGAGAGCAUCUUCUAUCAUAAUGAGGAUUUUAUUCAGCAACAAAAGAUUCACACUGUGGAGCAACUGCCUGAAUAUAAUGAAUGCAUUAAAACCUUCCACAAUAAUGCCCUCUUCUUUACACAUAAGAGAACUCAGACAGGAGAGAAAUUAUGUGAUUAUAAUAAAUGUGAGAAAACUUUCAGGGGUGAGUCAAACCACAUGCUACGUCAGAUGAUUUACUUAAGGAAGAAUCAGUAUAAAUUUAAUGAAUGUGGAGAAAGCUGUGAUAAGUCAGCCCUUUGGAAGAAACGUCCUAGAAUUCACAUGGGUGAAGAGUGUGAGAAAUACCAUGAGUGUGAUGUAUGUGGGAAAACCUUCCUCCGGAAGUCAAACCUCACAAUACAUCACAGAAUACACACAGGAGAAAAACCCUAUAAAUGUAAUGAAUGUGGGAAAUCCUUUUACCAGAAGUCAACCCUCACUGUACAUCAAAGAACUCAUACAGGAGAGAGACCCUAUGAAUGUGCUAAAUGUGGGAAAAAAUUCUACCAGAACUCAGCCCUCCAUCAACAUCAAAGAACACACACAGGGGAGAAGCCUUACAAAUGUAGUGAAUGUGGAAAAUCUUUCUCCCAAAAGUCAGACCUGACUGUGCAUCAGAGCUCUCACACAGGGGAAAAACCUUAUAAAUGUAACAAAUGUGACAAGUCUUUUAGUAUAAAGUCAAAACUCACUGUACACCAGAGAAUACACUCAGGGGAGAAGCCCUAUGAAUGUAGCAACUGUGGGAAAAUGUAUCAUAUGAAGUCAACCCUCAUUAAACAUCAAAGACUUCACACAGGGCAGAAGAUAUAUGAAUGCAGUGAAUGUAGGAAGACCUUCUGUGGGAAGUCAGUUCUCCUUAAGCAUCAGAGAACUCAUACAGGGGAGAAACCUUAUGAAUGUGUAGAAUGUAGGAAAACCUUUUCUGAGAAGUCAACCCUCAGUAAACAUCGGAGAAUCCAUACUGGGGAGAAACCCUUUGAAUGUAACAAAUGCGGGAAGUCAUUCUGCCAAAAGUCACAACUCAUUGAACAUCAGAGAAUUCAUACAGGGGAGAAGCCCUUUGAAUGUAAAGAAUGUAGGAGAACAUUUUGUCAGAGGGCAUCCCUCAAUGUACAUCAGAGAACACACACAGGAGAGAGGCCCUAUGAAUGUAACGAAUGUGGAAAAUGUUUUUAUGAUAGUUCGACCCUCACUAAACAUAAGAGGAUUCAUUCAGGGGAGAAACCCUAUAAAUGUAAUGAAUGUGGGAAGACCUUCAGCCACAAAGCAACUCUCACCACACAUCAGAAAAUACACAGAAGAGAAACACUUUAAAGAUGGAUGGUGAAACACCGUCUUGCUGUAACUCAGAACUGUUGGCCUGACAGAAAGUAUACCCAAGGAGGUAACCCUAUGGUUGUAAUGAAUGUGGGAAGUCCUACCAGAAGUCAGCCUUCAAUUUACAUCAUAGAACUCUCACAGGGGACAUCCCUGGCAGUGUUUUUACCAAACUGGGCACAGAGCAAGUCUUUAUUUCUCUGCAGCUUUUUGCAUUCAGGUGGGAUGAUGUGCAUGAGAUCUGGCCAAUGGGCUGUCAGUAUAAUGUAAUUCACUUCUGGUAUGACACAUAAUGGCCUCCAUGGCAAUUCUUUGUAUUCUAUGUUCUCUACGGAGUAGGAUGUAGAAUGCCUUCUGAUGAGAGGUCAGCACUCACUGUGUUGGUGAACUCACACAAGAGUAGAAAUCUCUUGUCAACAUUUUUUUUUUUUAAGAUUUUAUUUGACAGAGAAAGACAGCAGAAGAGGGAACACAAGCAGGGGGAGUGGGAGAGGGAGAAGCAGGCCCCCCACUGAGCAGGGAGCCUGACAUGCGGCUCGAUCCCAGGACCCUGGGAUCAUGACCUGAGCUGAAGGCAGAUGCUUAACGACUGAGCCACCCAGGCACCCCUCUGUCAACAUCUUGAUGUUUAGAAAUCUAAUUCACAAAUGAAACUUACUGUAACUGGAGAAAUCAGAGUUAAGAAAUCUUGAUAUUGCAACAAAUUUAAAAAAGCCUUUACAAAAAGGUAUUAUCUCAUUGAACCUCAGGUAAACUAAUAGACUAAAACUGUAUAAGCACAUGGUUUCUGAAAGCUUUCAAUAAAACAUUUUAUUGUAUUUCAGAGAAUUAUUACCGAGGGAAACAAUUUAGAAAAUACAGAAAUUUUUUUCUUUAGAAAAAAUUUUUAAGUUGUAACAGGAAAUACAGAGGCCAAGUAUAUAUUUUUCACAUUUAGCACAACUCUGAAUUUAAGAAAGCUGUCAUGAAUAGUAAGCUCAUUGUACUUACCACCAUAAAAUGUGUUCAUUAAGAAAACAACCCCAUCUCUGAAUAUCCUGAAAUGUUUACUUGGGGAACCUAAGUAGGUUUGAAUGUGCCAAACCCAACUUAGAUGUAACCUGGGAACUAUGUGUAUAGUAACGUUCUUUACCUUUACUUCUAGUAUUGGCAACCAUGAUAUGUAUGGUGCAAGUGUUGGCAAACGUUUUCUGUAAAAGGCCAUAUAGUAAAUACUUUAACCUUACAGGCUACAUGUGCUUUUUGUCACUUUUUUUUUUUUACAACCUGUUAAAAAUGUAAAAAAAAAAUCAUUCUUAGCUCAUGGGCCAUUGAAAAACAGACUUGGCCAGAUUUAGUUUGUGGACCAUAGUUUGUGGACCCCUGAUAUAGUGGUUAAAAGCAUGGACUCUGGAACUAUACGUGCUAGGCUUAAGUCCCAGUUCUGCUGCACAUUAGCUAUGUGGCCUGGGACAAAUCCCUUAACAUUUGUUCCUCAGUUUCCUUUUUUGCAAAAUGAUGAUAUUGACAUUACCACAUGGAGUUCUAGUAAGGACUAGGUAAGUUCCUGAAUAUAAAGUACUAAACCACUGUAUAGAAUGCUACACGUGUCAGCUGUUAUAUGACUGGCAACAGAUUUGUUGGAGCUUUUACAGGCUUUUGAUUACCUACUCAACAGCUGUUCCUCACUCCAUGCCAGUAGAAGAUUCAGGAAAUGAAUGAUGAUCUAAUUUUUUUCCAGCUUAUUGAGGCAUAAUUGACAAAAUUGUAAAAUAUUUAAAGUGUAUAAUGUAGUAAUUUAUACAUUGUAAAAGGAUUCCCCCAUCAAGUUAAUUAAGGCAACUGUCACCUCAUAUAUUUACCAGCCCCAGCCCCCCUUUUUGGUGAGAACAUUUAUUUGGUGAGAACAUUUCUACUCAGCAAAUUUCAGUUAUAUAAUACAGUGUUACUAACUCCAGUUACCAUAUUAUACAUUAGCUCCUCAUGCUCUAACCUAAUUUUGAAAAAUGUAUCCUGAUUAAUGAUUUAUUUGAAAUAAGCAUCUGACCCAGCUCUGGCCAGUGAAAAACUCUGAAGAAUAUUCAGUGAAAUAUGGGAAAACAGGAUUUCCCAGUGGUUAACAAACAUUUGAUUUAAAAAAAAAAAAAAAAGCCCUUUGAUUUUGCUGGAUUUCUAUGUCUGGUUGUGAUAUCUGAUUGUAGUUUUUGAUCCUAAGGUAGUAUCUGAGGAUGGCAGAACACAAACCUGGAAAGAGGUUGAGUCAACAGCGUCUUUUGAGCAGGUGAAUCAACCAACCCUGGAGCUUCUUUAUAUGAGAUAGUAUUUUUUUCUAAUUAUACUAGUUGAGUUGGGAUUUUCUGUUUCUUAGAGCUGAAAGUGGUUUAAACAACUUACAGAUAGACCUUUUUGAAGAGGUAUUAAUUCAGAAAUACAUUUAUAAGCCUGCGGAGAGGACAUUUUCUCAUGAGAAACUGAUUCAGGGGUGGCUGUUUUUCAGCCCUGUAAAUCUCCAUAUAGUGAGCCCAACCAUUAGAAAUAAAGCUAUUUGUUACUUUAGCAUAUGAAACAAGUGUCUAAUUCAUUGAGCUUUCGUUGCAUCUGUACAAGAAAAGCACUUAGAAAAUCAUUACCUCAUGUAUGCCUUACAUUUAAAAUAUGUGAAAUAAACAUUAAGUUAAAUUGUCCAUUGAUCUGUCUCUGUGUUACUGCUUGAUUAGAUAAGGUAUGAGAUAAGGAUCUAAUGUUUUCCCAAAUGAAUAAUCAGUUCUCAACACCGUGUGAUUGAAGUUUGAAGUACCAUCUUUAUCAGGUGCUAAAUUACCAUUUGUAGGGAGUAUUUUUAUAGCUCAGGACUUCAUCCCUGUAUUUUCUUUAGUAACCAGCUUGCCUUC